GAUACCUCUGCGGGUACAGAGUGGAACACCUGGUCACACCUGCCAGGUGAGUUUCAGGCUCCGCACCGCUUCGCCCCGGACAGACUAAACUCUCCGUCUUCACGCUCGUUUGCGACGCGUUUCGGUGAUGUGACCGGAGUGGAAAAAGCAGGCAAACCAGGAAAUGUUGCCCAAGAUGUGUGGUGCCAGCUGGAGGAAGAGUCACUAACAGUCUUGGCAGAGCAGCAGGCCUUAAGAUCCAACACAGGAAAACUUGGAAGAAGAAGAAAAAAAAAAAAACUUUAAAAAUGUCAGGCGGUGUGACCACAGAUUUAACUAAGGAGGCAGCUUUUUCACCUGCUGACCAGAUCGCUGAACCGCAGACAGCAGGAGACAAAAACCCACUGGACAGCAACAGUGAGGAGGAGGAAGAGGAGGAAGAGGAAGAAGAAGAAGAAGAAGAAGAGGAGGAGGAGGAGAAGAUGAUCAGCUCUGCCCAUCUGGAGCCAACAACGUUACCAUGGCCAGGAGACAAAGACAAAACGCCUCUGAUGGACAACAGCGACACCAAGGAGGUGUGGUCAGAAAACGGUUCGGAGCCUGAAGAGAGGGACACGGGGAUCAGCCGGGGGAGCCAGGACCUGUCGGAGGAGAACAGCCAGCCGGAGGAGGGCAGCCAGAAGGACAAGGCCACAUGGAGGGAGAGCAUGCCUGAAGGAGAGAGGUGGAGGGACGACGAGAUCCAGGAGCAACGGAACGAUAAGGGAGACGGCUCCUUUGCGGACGAUGAGGAGGAGGAGGAGGAGGAUGAUGAAGAGGAGUCGGAGUGGAUUCCGGAGAAACCCGGCCAGAGUUUCACAGCCAAUGUCAUGAUCAUGCAUCCGUCUGGCAAAGAGAUUCACGAGGAGCCAAGACGACAGUACGCGGAGGAGCUGGAGAUGGAGAUGGAGCCGGACUCGACCGUGCACAUUUACCCCGAGUGGACGGAGCAGGACGACAAGUUCUACCUGUGUGACAGCCUGUGCAGUGAGAAGAUGAAGCUGGUCCUGGCCACGCUGGCUGGAGCGCUGCUCUUCCCUCUGCUGGUGUGGGGGGGUUACGCCCUCCUGCCGUUCGACUCCCCCCAGCUGGACGGCGCCCCCAUCAGGGUGAUGUACACACUGCGCUGCUCCUUCUUCGCCACCGUCCCCAUCUUGCUGGGCGUGGUGGUGCAGGGCAUCGCCCGGCUGCGUUACAGCGUCGUCACGCCGCUCUACCGCAGCAGCCAGGUGCACCAGGAGGUGGCGGUGCACUGGCACUACGUCAACGAGUCGCUGGCUCUCUUCCUCUUCUACUUCCUGCAGCUGGCUGUCAUGGCGACCUACAUCCACCAGGACCUGCUCAAGCUGGUGCCGCUGCUCACCAUCAUCUUCGUUUUCGGCAGGCUCAUCUACUGGCUGUGCCUCUCUCUGGGCAGCAGCGUCCGCGGCCUCGGCUUCGGCUUCUCCUUCCUCCCCAUCCUGCUCAUGCUGGGCUUCAACUUCUACUUCGUGUGCUCCACGGGCGGCCGGGGCGCCGUUUUCGAGGUGGCCCAACCCACCACGGCGCCCCCGCCCAAACUGCGAUGGUGGGGCUGAGGAAGGUCUGGAAACACCUCGGACAUCAUGACCAGUUUUGGUCUUUUUGUUUUGUUUUUGUUUUUUGUUUUUUUUUGUAUUUCUGUGUCAUUAAAACUCACAAUCCUGAAAGUUUCUAUCCGGGACAGUCUGAGGUGUGUGGUUGCCAUGGUAACAUCCCUCCAGCAGCUACAGUCGGGCACGGAGCUGCCAAACAAACCCGCGUGUUUAAGAUGCUGAAGCAGCAAUAAAUGAUAAUCUGCAGACGAACUGUAUUUCUGAUCAAACUGACUGUAAAUACGCUGAAGUGUUUUUUCAUUGGCCUGACGAUGAUAAGAAACACAAUGAGCACGUUGUUGUAAAUAUAAAUACAUUUUCUAGUCUAAAUAAUCACAACUUUUGGAAUUUGAUACUUUUUUUUUUUUUUUUUUUACUUUUGCUGAAAAAAAAUGAGCAAAAACUGAAUGUUAACAUCUGUUAUUUUUCACAAAUUGAGUUAAAAAUGUCAAAACGAUGAACUCUUACUGCAUGUAACGGAAACCUUUCUCUUUUCACGUUUACCAACUUUAAUUACACAUCUUACAACAGCCUUUAAGUUAUUUUUGUGAGUUUAAAAGUUGAAUGUUUUCAAACUGAAUCAAGAAAUUUAAAGGUGAUUUUACAUUUUUAUAUCAAGCUCACUUCAUAUAAGUGUCUUGUUCUUUUAUGACUUUGUUUACAAGUGAGGCUGUUGUUUUAUUGAUCACAGGCUUUUCCAAAUGGCAGCAGAGCGUCUUUUCGAUCAUCUUAUUUUGACGAGUGUUUCAAGUGAACCUUGAUGGAUCUCUGGGAAACCGAAUGAGUUCAAUAAAGCUUGGUUCUGAAACGUGACGCCGAGUCGUGUGCGGCGGCCGAUGA